AUGGCCCCUCCCACAUCGAUUAAGAAGGUCCAACAACUUAACGGUUGUUUGGCAGCCCUAAACCGAUUUAUAUCCCGAUCAGCUGAUAAGGGCCUUCCUUUCUUCAAGGUACUAAGAGGUGGGAAAAAGUUUGAGUGGAAUGAGGACUGCCAAAGAGCUUCCACAGAAUUGAAAGCAUAUCUAACUUCCCCACCUCUACUAACGAAGCCCCAGCCAGGAGAUACUCUCUUCCUUUAUAUGGCUAUUUCUGUUGACGCUAUUAGCGUAGUGCUCAUUCGGGAUGGUGAAAAAGGUCACCAACCGAUAUAUUACAUAAGCCGAGCUCUCCAAGGCCCAGAGCACUGUUAUACAAAUAUGGAGAAACUUUCUCUCGCCCUCAUCAAUGCAGCCACAAAGUUACGUCCGUACUUCCAAUCGCACCAGGUGAUAGUUCUCACCAACUAUCCCCUUAAACAAAUAUUGAGAAGUCCCGAGACUUCCGGACGAUUAGCUCAAUGGGCUAUAGAGCUAAGUGAAUAUGGGGUUGAAUUCAAACCACGCCCAGCCAUCAAAGCUCAAAUCCUGGCAGACUUUGUAGUUGCGAUGACUACAUCGGAGGAGAGCACCUCCAUACCCACUUGGGCCGUCAAUGUCAAUGGAUCGUCUACCGCUAUAGGAGGAGGCGCGGGUAUUGUGUUAACAAGCCCAGAUGGCGAUGAAUUCGAGUAUGCUCAACGGUUUGAUUUCAAAGCCUCCAAUAACGAAGCCGAAUAUGAAGCUUUGAUCGCUGGUAUCCGCCUCGCUUUAGCAGCUGGAGCUCGCAAACUCAUAAUACACAGCGACUCUCAGUUAGUGGUCAACCAAGUCCUUGGGACCUAUGAAGCAAAAGACGAAUCCAUGGCAAAGUACCUUGCUCUUGCACUUACCCUCCUCUCGAAAUUGGAUAGCUAUGAGAUAAAGAAAGUACCACGAGCCAACAAUAUUGAUGCAGACAAGUUGGCUAGACUUGGUAGUUCCAUGGCAAGCAUUGGAAGCCGGAAAAUCACCCUCCUCACGGCCUCCCAACCAGAAAUAGUCUCCACCGACAGAGUGAAUUGCGCUGAAGAGAGCGAACCCUGUUGGAUCACCCCCAUUACAAACUAUCUCAAAAGCGGGGAACUUCCGACUGAUAUCGCCCAAUCGAAGAAAAUAAAGGUAAGGGCGGCUCGUUUCCUAAUGAUAGGUGAAGAUCUCUACAAGCGAGGGUUCUCCUUUCCCUAUCUUAAAUGCCUUAACCCAUCAGCAGCAGACUAUGGGCUUUGGGAAGUACAUGAAGGCAUUUGUGGUUACUAUUGGCCCACCAUGCAUGAAGAUGCGAAAAGACUAGUGCAGAGAUGCAAGCCUUGCGAAGAACACGCUAACAUCCUUCAUCUCCGAGCAGCACUGAUGCAACCGAUUGACAGUCCCAUACCUUUCGCUCAAUGGGGAGUUGACUUGGUCGGUCCUUUUCCACCGGCAACAGGAGGACGCAAGUUCCUCAUUGUAGCUGUAGAUUACUUCACCAAGUGGGUAGAAGCAGAACCUUUAGCUCGCAUUCGAGAAGAAGACGUCAUCCAAUUAUUUUGGAAGAACAUCGUGUGCCGCUUCGGCAUUCCCCUUGCAAACCCCCAAGCAAAUGGUCAAACUGAAGUAACUAAUCGGUCGAUACUUCAACAUCUCAAGACAAGGCUUGGAAGUGCCAAGGGAAAGUGGGUUGAAGAAUUACCCAAUGCUCUGUGGGCAUAUCCAACAACCCCACGAACAGCAACAGGAGAAUCUCCAUUUAACCUAGCUUUCGGGACAGAGGCUGUAGCACCCGUCGAGAUUGGCGGACCCUCUUGGAGAGUCAUCAAUUAUUCACCAGAGGCAAAUGAAGAAGCAAUGAGAGCUAACCUCGAUCUCGUCGACGAACUAAGAGAGAUUACCUCCACCCGACAGCAAAUGUACAAGAGUCGCAUGGCGAAAGCUUAUAACUCCAAAGUUUUCCCUCGCUCUUUCCAAAUAAGAGAUUUAGUUCUCCGCAAAGCCGAAGCCUCACGCCCAAUCGGUAAACUCGACCCGAAGUGGGAAGGACCAUAUAAAAUCACACAAGUGGUCAACAAUGGAGCAUGUUAG